UGACAUUUGACGUAUGCGGAUCAAAACUUAGUAAAUAAAAAAUAAGUUUACGUAUGUAAUUUUUGCACAAUUAUGGCCUCCGGAGAAAACGAGACUUGUGAACAAUUAAAAUUAAAGGGAAAUGAGUGCACGAAAGCCGGAAAGUUCGAAGAAGCUAUCCUUCAUUACACUCAUGCAUUAAAAUUGGAUUCUGAUAAUUAUUCAUUGUAUUCUAAUAGAUCUUAUGCUUUUUUAAAAAUACAACAACAUUAUCUUGCUUUGCAAGAUGCUGAGGAAACCAUUAAAAGAGCACCCACUUGGGCCAAGGGCUAUUUUAGAAGAGCAGAGGUCCAAUAUGCUUGUUAUUUAUUUGCAGAAGCUUUGCUUUCGUACACGCAAGCAUUGCAAUUGCAACCUGGAGACAGUACACUGCUUGAUGCAGUAAACCGGGCUGCAAAAAGUGAUGAGAAUGAGAUGAAAGUUGAUGCUCGGGCACCAUGGUUGGGAGCCUUAAUUGGUGUUAUCGUUGGGAUCUUAAUUGUAAUUGCUGACAGUGUGUUAACCAAUAAACCAUCACUCAAAAAUCCACUUCUAAUGAUUUUAGUGAUGUUUGCAAUAAGUGCCCUUGGUUAUGUUAUUGCACGAGGUAUAAGAGUUUAUAUAAAAAGCCAAAGAAAUUCUUUACUGCAGCCACCUCCUGAUUUACUUGCUGAAAUGAAUUCAGUAGAAGAAGAAACUACAAAUGUUUCAAAUUCAACAGAAAGAAAUAAUACUAGAUAUACUAAAGCUCAAGCAAGACAGCGCUACAAAAAAGGAAAAUCAUGA